UCAAGCAUUCAAAAUUUCCACAUAUCUCUCCUUCAAAUCUUCUAAACUUUUCAAAAGAAAAGUCUUGUGACCCCAAAACAAAUUUAAAAGUCCCUGAUUUUAUAUGUUCUUAUAGUUCUUUCUGACCACCUUAAAGGAUUCCAAAACUGUUUACUUUUUUAGUUUUCUUUCUACUCUUUGAUCUCCUCUUAUAAACAAAACAACAUUAUAAAGUCUUUUUAUCCAAAAAUGAGGUCCAAUAAUUAUGCACGGUCUUCUCUUCUCCUUGUUGUCGUCGUCGUCUUCAUCUUCUUUCUAUCUAAUGAAGCUCAAGGUAUUCGCUUCGGGAAUGGGAUGAUCAAGCCUCUUGGGCACCUAGAAAAAACCCUUGAAGAGGAAAGUCGUCUGAUAGUAGAAGGUUUUAGGAAAAUUACUCUCUGUGAAAAUGGGCAUUGUAAUUCAGGAAACAAUAGAAAACUUCUAACUGCGACUUCACCAAUACCAUCUUCUCCAACCCCUUCUACAAGGAAUAAUGAAGGAAACAAAAAGGGCAACCCCAUGUCAUCAUCACAUAAAGAAGAUCCAAGUGUGAAAAGGAAGGAUAAUUUGGAGAAUUCAGAGGCAGUUUCUAAGAAUCUUGAGGCAAACCUUGACCUUAUAGACAUUGCAGAAAUGGACUAUUCUCCAGCAAAAAGAAAGCCUCCAAUUCAUAACUAAUCCCAAAAUGAUGGGACAAACAACAACCAAACAAGACAAAGAAACAAAAAGGAUAAAAUUUGGCAUAAUUUUAAGUCAACCUUACACAAAUGCUGCAGGAUUUUUAGGGUUUAGCUCAAGGAAAACUGUCUUUUUGUACAUAGCCCAUUAUUAUUACCAAUAUGCUAUAUUAUUAUUAUUAUUAUUGUUAUUAUUGUUAUUUGUGUUAUCAUUACGUGUUUUGUUAACGUGAUAAUUGCCUAAAAGACCUAUUUUAAUGGUCAAAAAUGGCAAAUGAUCCAGUUUUUUUUUUUUUAAUGUCCAAUACCUCUUUGUUAAUGU